CUCGAGGCAGAACGGCCUAAAAAAGUUCUUCUACUCGUGGUCGAUGUUUAUGGAGGUUUAUUGUUGAAGAAGAAGGAAUUCUAUUGACCUUAUCGACAAUUUUUUCAUUAUGAGUGGGAGACAGAAUCCAAGUGACUUUCUCAAGCAAAUAAUUGGCCGUCCUGUUGUAGUGAAACUCAACUCUGGGGUGGAUUAUCGAGGGGUGCUUACCUGCUUAGAUGGAUACAUGAACAUUGUUUUGGGGCAGACCGAAGAAUACUUAAAUGGUCAGUUGAAGAACAAAUAUGGAGAUGCUUUCAUUAGAGGAAAUAAUGUUCUGUACAUCAGCACACAAAAGCAAAGGAAGUUACAUCCUUAGAUUUUGAUUCCUGCCCACCUCUGAAGCAAACAAUUUUAAACACUAGAACACUUAAAGGGUUCACAGACAUGUCUUUAUAAAGAGUUUAAUACAUAUGAACUUGUGUUUGAUCAUAUAUCUGGCCAGGCUAAAUGGAUUCAAUGGAUGAAAAUCUCUGUUUUGGGCUAUAGCUGGAAAUGCAAUGGCCUAACCUGCUUGGAUACUAUGAAUGAAUAUUGGACAAUAGUAAUGAAAAGGUUGAAUCUUUUUAGACAAGCUGUAGUUUUGUUGUAGUUUUAUUACCUAUGGAUGGAGAAAUCUGUUAACC